UAGCAUAUGUAAACUUUCAUUUCAUUUUUCUGACAUUUGAAUCGGAAUGAAAUCUUGCUAGAAUAAAUGUAAAUUCUUAUUUAGUUUUGCUUUUGAUUAAACAUUUUCAAUAGUGCCAAAACGAUUGUAAAUCCUGCCGAAGGUGUUGAGAGAACAGCAAGAAAUCCAUUGGUCCAUUUGAAGAAGAAAUCCAUUCAAGUCUUAUCAAUGGCCGCUGUAGAUGAUGAAUGUUGCGUUAUUUGUCUCGGUGAGAAGCGUUCACCUGUUCAGGUGAACUGCGGCCAUUCGUUUUGCCAUGAAUGCCUGGAAGCACACAAAAGCGCUUCCCAAGGUAAAAAUUGGGCCAAUAAGUGUCCAAUUUGUCGCACCGAGAUGUGGAGAUGUGCACAGCCAAUCGUCAAUAUGUUCUCAUCUGAGUCAGGUUCUUCUGAUGAUGAAAGAGGUUUGGAAUACAGUAGUGAUGGGGAAAUGAAUAUAACUUAUGAGGAACAUCCAGAUAACCAUAUUCCAACAGAUGAGCAUGUUGAUGUUUUUGUAUUGGUUGAUGAUGACCAAGAAGAAAUAGAUGCCAUUUCUGAAUUGGAUGAUGUCAGUAGUGUCAAUAGUAUCAAUAAUGUCUCAGAAUUGUAUGAUGACGACCUAGUUGAUGAUGCCUCCGUACUGAAUGAUGUCCUAGAACUAGAUGAUACAACCGACGAUGAUCUACAACAAAUCAAUGACUCACUUGAAACUGAUGAUGAUUAGAAACUAGGUAAAGUGAAGUGAAAACACAAUGUACGCAUCCAGAUACAAAACUAAAUUUUUUUUUUCUUCAAAUUUCCAAGAAAGACAUGCAAAUAAAAUACUUUUUACAUUAAAAAGUGGCUAAAACCCUUUAAAUAACAAUAAAAUUAGCAAAUUUUUAUCGAA